CACGUCUUCUCAUCCACUUCCUGUACGACAUUCGUCCCUGACCUGUCAGCUUCAUUCUUCAUUCCUCCCACCACCACGAGGCAUGGAGGGUGGAAAAGAAGAAAGAAAGAAAGAAAGAAGGGAGAAAGGAAACAAAAGAAAGACAAGACCUUGUUCGAACAAUGGAGGCGCGCUAUCCGUACAGUACCUCUGAGUCCGUCGAGAAUAAUUCAUGGGCCAGUGACCGAACAGCAAGCAGCAACAACAAAAGAAAGGUGGGGUUGGGCCGCCCAAGUGGGACAUCGUCGCUGCACCUCUUCUCCACUAUCUACACGCAAGGGGUUGCGAGGAGGUGCUGCAGCAAGUGCAGGAAGAAGCUUCCCGGGCCUAUCACCAGCCCUGGCGCCAUCAGCCGAGCAUGGACAGCUGGAAUGAUAGAGCUUGUCAGUCAAAUGACAGUCUUCCUCCCCCCUCCCUUUGAUCCCCCCUUCUUGCCCAAAUCAGACUUUCGAUGUCAUUCUCAUCGCGAUGAAACCAGCGGUGAGGCCUGGAGUCACUUUUUUCGUCCUUCUCUCCAGCUUCUCGCUCUUGUCGGUCACCGUUGUUCAUUGCCCUUGCGCCUGAACACGCCUGAAAUCCGGGUUGUGACUUACACCGAUUCGUCUGGACCCCGGAUUCAAUUUCUGAGGCAAUUCUUUUCAGAAAAAAGCGAUGAAGAGCGGGAAACGUGGAAAGACAUGGCCAAAAGAACAACUCAGAUGAAGGCCUGGCAGUCCAGAAGGUGGCGGCUCAUGCCUCUCACCGUCUCCAUCGAUCCAUCAAGAUCACUAUAUUGAUGAUGGUACGCGCGCCUCCGUUCAUAGUUCGCAACACUCCGUAGUGGGCAUGGAUCCCCCAUCCGGAUCGUGCGGAGCAGUUAACUAGUUGGUGCUCUAAUGGUUGACCAGCGAUGCUAUACGGCGGAGAAUAUAGCUAAAAGGUCGUUCGUGAGCACGAAAUUACUACUUCGGUAUCGGAGGGGCAAACAAG